AUGAAGCUUUCAACAUCUGUUUUGCUAUCCCUUCUGGGUAGUUCCACCAUGGUUAAUGCCAUGCUCCCCAUCCAUAUUAAAAAUUAUCGUUUCAUUAAACCAUCCUCACCAGACAAUGAUUCUGAAGAAAAUGAUGUUUUCUUCAUCAAGGGUGUAGAUUAUCAACCAGGUGGGUCCUCCGGUUACGAUGCUGACUCAAACUCUGACGUUCUUUCUGAUGCUGAAGCAUGUGCUAGAGAUGCGUUUGUUUUCCAACAGCUUGGUAUCAACACCGUUAGAAUUUACUCUUUGAACCCAGAUGUUAACCAUGAUAAAUGUAUGACCAUUCUUAAUGAUGCAGGUAUCUACGUUAUGCUUGAUGUUAAUAGUGGGAAUUAUGGAGAAAAUUUGAACCGUGCUGAUCCAAGUGGUUCCUACAAUAGUCAAUAUUUAACAAGAGUAUUCAAAUUCAUUGACGCGUUUAAAAAUUAUCCAAACGUUUUAGGGUUCUUUUCUGGUAAUGAAGUUAUUAAUGAUGAAAAGGAUUACGCUGAUAUUGAUCCACAAUACGUUAGAGCUGUGCAAAGAGAUAUGAAACAAUAUAUUGCUAAGCACUCUAAUAGAACCAUCCCUGUGGGUUAUUCUGCCGCUGAUAAUUCUGAUUUAAGGUUAGCUACAUUUAAGUACUUACAAUGUAACUCUAUGGAUGGUAAGAAAGUCUCUAAGGAAUUGGACGAAUCAAAAGCUGAUUUCUUUGGAUUAAACACUUAUGGUUGGUGUUCUGGUUCUUCUGACUGGACUACUUCCGGUUAUGAUAUCUUAAAUAGUACUUUCAGUGAUGCCGUUAUUCCUUUGAUGUUUUCUGAAUAUGGUUGUAAUAAAAAUAUUCCAAGAACUUUUGAUGAAGUUACCGAUGGAUUAUAUCCAAGUAAUGGGUUAGGUAACCUUUUCUCUGGUGGGUUGGUAUACGAAUUUGCUGAAGAGGCAAAUAAUUAUGGGUUAGUUAAACUUGAUGAUUCUGAUGGAUCUAUGUCUUACAAGGAUGAUUUUGAUAAUUUGAAAUUUCGUUAUGAUAAAUUAGAAUUGCCUACAACAAAGGAGUCUGAUAUUUCUAACUCUACAAUAUAUAAAUGUGAUGCUUCCCGAAUUCAAUCGUCUUAUUCCGAUUUCGGUGUUAAAAAUUUCACAUUACCAAAGCAACCUGAUACCAUCGCGAAUUUGAUCAAAUAUGGUGUUAAUGGUACAAACGUUGGUAAGUUAUUAGAUGAUUAUGAUGUCCCAACCACAUUUAAUUAUACAAUCAAAGACUCAAAUGGUGAUGAAGUUUCUGCCACAUUAAGCUAUGCUUCUUCAAACUUGAUAAAUAAUUUGAAAGGUGUCUCCACUGCUAAUAUCGCUUCAAGUUCGUCUUCUUCUACCUCUCAAUCAAGAAUUUCCUCUUCAGUAUCUACUUCCUCCUCCUCCUUUUCCUCCUCCUCCUCCUCUUCUUCUUCGACAUCAUCUGCUUCUAGAAGUAGCGGUGCUGCUGACUUCUUAUCCAUUCCAAUUUAUCAAUCUAGUUUCAUGACUCUGUUUACUGGCUUGAUUAGUGCUUUAUUAUGA